CUGUCGCUCUGACACACACACACACACACACACACACACACAGAGGGAGGUAGAUAACUCUGUGAUUCCACUGCUGAAUUUUUAACGCUGUUGUGGAACUUUUUUUUUUCCAGGCGGGUGGCACCAGGGUACUAUUACACCGAUAGAGACAGAGGGACAGGGUUCAGUUCAGUUCUGUUGUUUACUGAGGCUGGACGGAGACAGACUGUUCAUGGGGUGUACGGCCUGUCCUGUCCUGAUGCCGUCAACAUAGCAACAUGACCCUCAACACCCAGAGAGAGAAGGAGCCCCUGCGGCGGCGAGGUAGUACGCCGAUUCCUCCUGCCCCCUUCUACCAGCACCCGUCCUGGACUCAGGACGACCAGCUCCCCGGCAGCACCCAGCCCCAUCCCCAGCGCAGCCACCCACCUCUAGGACAGUCAGCAUCCUACCACCCCGGAGACAAGUCCCUCCACUACCGCGCCAACUGGAGUUCAGACUCGGAUGACGACUCGCAGAGCGACUCGGACUGUGUUUACAGAGUUGUGCUGCUUGGUGACCACGGCGUGGGGAAGACCAGCCUCGCAGGAAUCUUUGCCGGGAUCACAGAGAAAGAUGAACACCCCGGAGAGGACACAUACGAGCGGACACUGACAGUGGAUGGAGAGGAAACCACACUGAUUGUCAUGGACACCUGGGAGAAUGACAAACUGGAGGGGGAAGGCGGCUCCUCUCAGGACGACUGUCUGAAAGUGGGGAGUGCUUAUGUCAUCGUCUACUCCGUCACCGACCGCUCCACCUUCGAAUCUGCGGCUGAGCUCCGCAUCACACUGCGACGCACCCGUCAGGCCGAAAACAUUCCCAUCAUCCUUGUGGGCAACAAGAGCGACCUGGUACGGUCAAGAGAAGUCGCUGUUGAAGAGGGCCGAGCGUGCGCAGUGGUAUUUGACUGUAAAUUCAUAGAGACGUCAGCAUCUCUGCAGCACAAUGUGGCCGAGCUGUUUGAGGGCGUGGUGCGACAGAUCCGUCUCCGUCGGGACGGCAGCGAGGCCAUUCAGCGCCGACACUCCAUCUACAAACGCAAAGAGAGCCUUACCCAGAGGGCUCGACGAUUCCUGGACCGACUGGUGGCCCGCAACAACCAGCGCAUGGCGGUCAAAGUGCGGUCCAAGAGCUGCCACGACCUGGCCGUCCUCUGAAGACAAGUGUCCACUGGGAGCGUCAGUUGUAAUCUCCCGUCUGCAGGAGCUGCAGCGAUCAAACCACUGUGAUCCACUCCACAUAUAAACACUCUCAGGUCGCCACGUCAACCCCGGGCCUCCUGGAUGUUAACUGUUGCCAUGGUGACCUGUGGACAUUAGCCACAGUUGAAGAAGAGGCUGUUUACUCAGUGGCCGUCAUGACGACAUAGGAGCAUGGUGAUACCUUUGUGCGGUUGACAACAAACAGGCUGGGUGUUUGGCUGAUGGAUGGGACAGUGUCUGACGAGGGUCUUUUCUGCCCUGAAUUUAGCGUCUCAGGCCGCAUACAAUCCACGUCUGCUCGGAACCGUGAACAGCCCGACUGACUGCGGGAAUGAAUGAGUGUUAGCAUGUUAAUAUUUGCUAAUUAGCACUAAACAGAAAGUACAGCUGAGGCUGAGGGGAAUGUCGUUAGUUUGGCUGGUGUUAAGGAAUAAAUAAAAGUAAUGGACAAAUUAAAAUGUUGACCUGAUAAUGGCACUAAAUGUUUUUAUAGUUCAUCUCUAGUGGUACAUGAAUGUCUGUAUCACAUUUCAUGACAAUCCAUGCAAUAGUUGUUGAGGCGUUUGACUUGAAACCAGAAAUUUCAGCCUUCUGGUGGCGCUAGAGGAGAAGUCAGGCGACCACCAGAGUCAUUGUACCAGUCACAUUCCUUAUUUUUACAAGAAGUGAACAGAAAUGAAGCUGGCAAAGUGGUUUACGUCACAAGAAGUUUAUCUAAAAACCACAUCAGGCAGACUGGUUGUCCCAGUUUUUACUGAUCAAAUAAACUAUCUGUUUAUUGAUUGGGGACUUUGGCUACACACACACACACACACACACACACACACACACACACACA